AUGGGCAUAAGCGCGGGUAACCUGGCCGAGCUUCUCGCGGACCAAUUCGCGGCCAGACCCCCAGCCCUGCAGGCACCACCUCCAGAGGCAGCCGCCCUGUCAAUCCCAUCCUCCUGCCAUCAUGCGGACUGGGUGGCUGCACAAAUACAGGCACUGUGCAGCGAACCAAUCCGCGUGUACGAGUUGAAGGCGGCACUCGAUCAGACCAGCCGCCUGCAAGGCGAUGGAAAGGGUGGCACUGCACGCCUAGAGUGGAUUGCUGCCCAACUCCAGUACUUCCCGGAGCAGCAGUCAGGCUUCAGAUGUCAACGCUGCACGGCAGACUCUAUCUCCGAUGUGGUGGCCACCCUGGAGGAUGCCAAAGCCACGGGGGACGUGGCAAUGUUGGUGCUUCUGGACGUCAAGAGUGCCUUUGACGGACUUCCACAUGCGGUCAUCAAGGCCUGCCUAGACCGCCUCGGCCUGAGCGGCUGCCUCAGACGCUUCAUUUCCGCAUUCCUGACCGGCAGAACCUUCCGGGUGCGCGUUGGACAGGAACUCAGCGAGCCCAGGGAUAUCACGACUGGCGUCCCACAGGGAUCGAUUCUGAUGGGACAGAACAGUAACACAUGA